AUGACUGGCCGAGGCAAGGGAGGAAAAGGUCUAGGAAAGGGUGGCGCCAAGCGUCAUCGCAAGGUUUUGCGUGAUAACAUCCAGGGAAUCACCAAGCCCGCUAUCCGUCGUCUGGCUCGUCGUGGAGGAGUCAAGCGUAUCUCCGGUUUGAUCUACGAGGAAACUCGUGGUGUUCUGAAGGUGUUCCUGGAAAACGUGAUUCGUGACGCUGUUACCUAUACUGAACACGCCAAGCGGAAGACCGUCACUGCCAUGGACGUCGUCUAUGCCUUGAAACGCCAGGGACGCACUCUGUACGUAGCUUUACACAAACGAAACGAUGAAUCAAUGGCUCGUACCAAGCAAACCGCUCGUAAGUCCACCGGAGGAAAAGCUCCUCGCAAACAGCUGGCCACUAAGGCUGCUCGUAAGAGUGCUCCAGCCACCGGAGGAGUCAAGAAGCCUCAUCGUUAUCGGCCAGGAACCGUUGCUCUGCGUGAGAUCCGUCGUUACCAGAAAUCCACCGAGCUGCUGAUCCGCAAGUUGCCCUUCCAGCGUCUGGUUCGUGAAAUCGCUCAGGAUUUCAAGACCGAUCUGCGUUUCCAGAGCUCGGCCGUCAUGGCUCUGCAGGAAGCUAGCGAGGCCUAUCUGGUUGGUCUCUUUGAGGACACCAAUCUGUGUGCCAUCCAUGCAAUGACUGGCCGAGGCAAGGGAGGAAAAGGUCUAGGAAAGGGUGGCGCCAAGCGUCAUCGCAAGGUUUUGCGUGAUAACAUCCAGGGAAUCACCAAGCCUGCUAUCCGUCGUCUGGCUCGUCGUGGAGGAGUCAAGCGUAUCUCCGGUUUGAUCUACGAGGAAACUCGUGGUGUUCUGAAGGUGUUCCUGGAAAACGUGAUCCGUGACGCUGUUACCUAUACUGAACACGCCAAGCGGAAGACCGUCACUGCCAUGGACGUCGUCUAUGCCUUGAAACGCCAGGGACGCACUCUGUACGGUUUCGGAGGUUAAAUCAUGGAAUUCAUACUAUC